CAAGUGUUUAGCAGUUUCGCGAUCCCGCGCAGUUUACUUCCACCAUUUAGUGUCCGAGAGUUAAGGAGGCCCGAUGUAACCAGCGGCAGCAGGCAAAACGCACGCACAUCGGCCACAUGGAACCGAACUGUUAUUGAUAUUGUGUAGGAUUUCGGCGCCUCCUGUGACAAGAAAUUGUUAAGCAGGCUAGCAAGUUGUGCUUUAUCAACCCGAAGUGUAAGCCGGUCAUCAUUUUGACUUGCGCUCAAUGAGUAAGACUGAACAUCUUUGUCGGAACCCUGGUCCAGUGAGACGUAUAUGUUAAUUGUAUGGCCAUCUGUAUUUUAAAAUUCCACAACGUGCUACAAAAAGUAGGGGCCUUCGUGCUCUGUGUAUUGAUGAACUGUACAGUGUAGCUCAAGCACAAUCACAACGCAUCGGAAGGUAGCGCAGAAGUUCAUUACAAGUUCAAUUGGACUUACUAAAAUGGUAGAACGCACAAAGAGGCGCACUGAGGAACUAAAUACGGCGAUGGACGACACUGAGUCUGAUGUUAUGGAGCCAGAUAUGCCGGCAUCCGGCUCUGAACAUGAAGAUAAUAUCGACAUGAUAAAUGAUCAGACGGAAAUUGACUUAGCACGACAGCAACGUUCUCCAGGCGCGAGAAGUAGAAAAGAUAGUACCAGUAGUGGAGGCCAAAAAAAGAAGGCUACCAGCGUGAUAAAGGCACAAAAACAAAACCCUUCAGAACGAAAGAGCUCUGUUAGAGAAUGUGUUGAAUGCGAUAGCGCUUCUGUGGACAGUCUGAAACUGAAUGAGGAGUGUUCCCCGGAACAGAUUAUGGAUUUAAUCGAUGACGCCCUGAAAAAUGACCGCCGCUCGUUAGAACGUCUUGUCCAAGAGCCGAUCAAUCAUUUUCCCGUCCUUGAAGAGGCAACCGCGAGUCAACUUCUUGAACUUCUUCUACGAAACCCCCAACUUCCUGUGUAUGGCCAAGUGCGAUGGCUGAAGCAGCUGUUAGCAAUGUCAACAGGAUCUGUUGUGCUUAAGAAGGCUGAAUAUCGCAAACUAAUCGAACCAAUGCUUGACCGAACAUCGUCGAUUUCUGAGCACUGUCUCCGGUUGAGAGGGAAACUUGAUCUCCUAAUGGGUCCAUCCGAAGCUGUCUCGUAGUUUUUAGCUUACAUCUAGGUUUGAAAUAAAUAUAUAUUCAGGGCCAUAAAAUAUUGUUGAGAGUGUAUUUUUCUGUCCGCCAGAUUCAUAUGGCAAAAAGCAACUUUUGCAUUAUUACGCAUACUAGGCAUGCUUACAUAAAACAGGAACAUGGGUGUAUCUACCUCGAUGGUUAGCUAACCUUUAAUUAUUUAUACAAACUGCCCGCUAUUCGUUGUACGAUAUGGAAAAAAAUGACUGGCCAAACGGUCGUUUAGUCUAUUUCGCUUUCUGAACUUACGCACAUUGUGCGGCUGUAUCACGCAAAUAUGUAUCCAACAUUGACUUGCCCGUGGAUAUAUCACUGAGAUAGCUGACAAAUAGACAGGACAUUUUUCGUGGUGCAUCACUUGAAAUCGGUGACUAAAUAUUAGUAAGUACGUUAAGCGUGUCAAGAGCGCUCACUGACGAAAUCUAAGAUCCGAGGACAUUUGCUAUCAACGUAACACAGUGGUAGAAUAACUUAUGAAAUUGAUGAUUAUUUUUAUUCCAAAAUCCACUUCUCAAAAUCCAAAAUCGACUUUUUAGAUUAGCCCUUGCUGUGUCUAUGAAUUAACGUUUGGCCACUUGACGCAGCGCAGUUAAGCAUUGUGCGGUUAAUAAAAAGUGCUGCUUUUUGACGUUAUGUAACACCCUCAAUUUUCUACUGGAUAGCAGUAAUUCCCUCCUCGUUAGGACCAAUUAAUGAGUAUUCUGGUUGCAUUAAGUUCAAUAUUUUCGAGUAAUGAAUUAAGCUCCAUCAGUAUACAUUAUUACUUACAAAGAUUUAGUUCUUAAGACAGGAAGGUGUAAGCUAAGUACAAGCGCGGACCAUAAUGUGCAGCACAGUUGAGAGAGUUUGUCGAAGCAGGCAACUAACAUAGUUCAAUAAAAAUCCCAUUUUUCAAGCACAGAACUCCAACUAGCACAAAAUAGAGGAAACGCUUCUUGUUACAAAGAUGUUCUAUCCGCUAUGGAAAGAAAAGUUCAUUUGAAAAAAAAUGUUAAUGUUUUUUAAGGGAACCAAUAAAUUCAAUUUGAACCGAAAUGAUGGAUUAAAUGAAUUUAGGUUAAUGUAUAUGCUCCAAAUCUUGGCUAUAUACUUUAGAUCACAAGCAAAGAAGAACAUGCAUGAUGUACGCGAGCUCGAAUCUAGAACGAGUGUUGCGUUUGCUCCAAUUGAUAGGAGAUGUGUUUGUUUAAUAGAAAAUAUGUACAAAUUCAUAUGUACAAUAAACAUUUGAAGUCUAUAUGACUAUGUCAUCGGACAGGUGUUUUGUACUUUAGUCGAUCUAAGAUAUUUCCUUAAGACUCAACCCUCUUAUUGUAUCUAUAUAUUACCUAUAACUUUUAUUGUUUGGUUGGAUUGUUUUAUAUGUUUAAUGGAAACCUUCGGAUAAACUAGGAGACUUUCAACGAUUUUCUCCGUAAUGCAUUACUUAUAAUAAACAUUAAAAGAAAAACACUACAUACGAAAAAAAUACAACAUACAAAACCGAACACUAGACUAAUAACAUAAUUGUCCCUUAAACUUUGCUACUACCAUUGUUGCAAUAAGUCAAUUAAAUUAAAUGUGCAAUUUCAACAGUUGAAUUAAUAUAAACAUUAUUUGUAAGACUUGUAACCCACCCUAUGAUGCUGGUGUGUACUAUGAGCGGUUGAACGAAGUUUUGCCACAUAGAGUUAAU